AUGAGGCAUAUGAUUAGCAUUCUUUGGAUAUUGCUAUUCUAUUGUUCAAUUAUUACAAAGCAUUCAACAGUAGCAGUUGCAGGUGAAUCAAAGAAGUGUGAAUUUCCAGCAAUAUACAACUUUGGUGACUCAAAUUCAGACACAGGAGGACUCUCUGCUGCAUUUGGUCAACCUGGCUAUCCUUAUGGAGAAUCCUUCUUCCAUCAUGCUGCUGGUCGUUACUGUGAUGGCCGUCUUCUUGUCGAUUUCAUUGCCGAAAAGCUAGACCUUCCAUAUUUGAAUGCAUUCCUUGAUGCUGUUGGAUCAAAUUUUAGCCAUGGAGCAAAUUUCGCAACUGCUGGAUCCACCAUCAGACCUCAGAAUACAACUCUUCAUCAAGUUGGUGGUUUCAGUCCUUUCUCUUUGAAUGUUCAGUUCUAUCAGUUCAAUGAUUUUCAGCGCAGGACCCAGAUUUUUCGCAACAAAGGUGGAAUAUACAAAACAUUGUUACCAAAAGCAAAAGAUUUUUCUCGCGCGUUAUACACAUUUGAUAUCGGUCAAAAUGAUUUGGCAUCCGGUUAUUUCCAAAACAUGUCCAUAGAUCAAGUUAAAGCUUAUGUUCCUGAUGUUUUGGAUCAAUUCAAGUACGUAGUAAAGAAUAUAUAUGAUAAAGGAGGAAGAUCAUUUUGGAUUCACAAUACUGGUCCGGUUGGUUGUUUGCCAUAUAUCAUAGAACUUCACAAAGUAAAACCCGGUGAAUUCGACAAAGCGGGAUGUGCAAUCCCGUAUAAUGAAGUUGCUAAGUUCUUCAAUCGUGAACUGAAAUCGGCUCUUGUUCAACUCAGAAAAGAACUUCACUCAGCUGCCAUAACAUAUGUUGAUGUUUACUCUGUCAAGUACUCUCUCAUUAGUCAAGCAAAGAAACAUGGUUUUAAGGAACAUUUGAGAGCUUGUUGUGGACAUGGUGGGAAGUACAACUAUAAUAAUAAGAUUGGAUGUGGAGGAAAGGUUAAGAUUGAUGGAAAAGAGAUUUUGAUUGCGAAACCAUGCAAAGAUCCAUCUGUUGUGGUGAAUUGGGAUGGUGUUCAUUUAACUCAGGCUGCUAAUAAAUGGGUGUUUGACCAAAUUGUUGAUGGUUCUUUUUCUGAUCCUCCUAUUCCUUUGAACAUGGCUUGUCACAAACACCUUUAA